GGCGCGCGACCCAGGACCUCGAUGGUGAAACCGCCGACCCCAUCAACGGUCGCAGAUCGGGAGGGAGAAGCCCCCGUCAGGUCUCAAGCCAUCCUCGCCACCGAGCAAUCCGUCGGCAUCGCCUCCGGGUCCAGCAAGGCAGACUCGACUCCGUCCACCCUCACCACUGCAAAAACAUGGGCGAGCAGGAGCUUCAUGGUUCGCUCACUGUGGGAAGAGCUCCGCCUCGACGGCGAGCAACAACGCGGGAACGGGAUGCCGGGCCGCGGAGUGGAAUCGCCCAGAUCGGGAAUCGGGGGAGGAGUCCAGCGAUUGGUGACCGCCCUUGUCGUGGCGGCGAUUUUGAAGGAAGAGAGGCGGAGGCAGGUGGAGCUGGGGUCGACUUCUCCUCACUGGGUGUGCCGCAAAUCGGCGAUGAAGGAAGAAGCGCGAGAAGCGCCGCGGUCGCUUUCAUCUCCAUGCGCCACGACGAUGGCCAGGAAGAAGCCGGAGACGAGUCUACAGAAGCCGGAUCCGUUCGUAGAGAUAAUGUCGGGAAGAGGAACGAUGGAGUCGACAAAGCGGCGCAGCACCGGGGGUGCGCGACGACGAGACGCAGAGCGCGGUCGUUGGAAUUCAUCGUCGGCGGCGCGAAUCGCACAGACGCCGCGAUCGGCUAUGACUUCAGUCGAGGCGAUGAGGAUUUCUUCCAUGGCACCGACUAAGUUCAAGACGAUGGCGGGUUCGAGAGGGUUGCGAGUGGUGCCGGACUCUCCCUUCCCUAGACUUGGAACGAGCUCGUCGUCAGGGAAUGAGAAGCAGAGGAGAUCGCCGGUGAGGGAGUCGGCGUUGGCUGCCAGGAAAAGGGAGUUGAAGAUGCUGUUUGUGGUUGCACCGGGCAUGACGGCCGGCCAGCUGGUGUUUUGUUCGUGGUCGGAGGAGGAAGUGAGGGAGAUGGGCGGCGGCAGACUCCUUCUCACGAACCCUAGCUUGACCAGCAAAGCAGAACAAGUCCAAGCUUUGUUGGGCCAAAUGGGUCGGGCUAGGGUGUCUGCUGGGCUAAGAGAAACGAGCAGAUGGGUGGAGAAAUGCUACUGCAAUUUGGGUCACAAGUUGGGAAGUGAGAUUAUGAUGGUUGGGCCAACGUUUGGACUUGAUGUGGGCCAUCUGGAUCAGCAAAGCAGGCCACGAAUUGGGCUGAAAAGGGCCUCUCAUGGGGCACAAAUGAGCCCGCUAGUAGGAACUCUUUUAUAUGGGGUAGGUUUGGCAGCAGUGGGUGGACCGAGAUGUUGGGAGCAACUUGAACAUCUUAUGAGUUAUCUGCCCAAAAGAUUGGAUUUGGAAAAAAAGAAAGAUGGAUUCGUGGGCUUAGAAGAUCGACUCAAGGAAGAACAAUUCUCUGAUCCUUACUUUGUAGAGUUUGAAAAAGAGAUUGGUGAGUCAUUUGACCAUGGUCGUGAAACGAGCCAUGCGGAUAGAGAAGAAGCAAUGGAAGAUAGAGUUGUUGGAGUGGGCUUCAUUCGAGUAGUGGAGCACAAUUGGAAGAAACGGAAGCGCACGAAUCGGAGGAAUCAGAGUGCGGAUUACGCGGGAAGGAAGGAAGAGUGGGUCAAAUUGGUCAACCUUGAGGGCAAGGUUGGUUUGAAGGGGGAGAGGAUGUUAGAAACACGAUUUUUCGCGUUUAUCAUUACUACUUAUGGUAGGAUAAUUAUUGUUAGGGUUAGUAGUAUUCGAGUCGUAUUAGGUUAUUUAUUAGGUUUAUUCCAUUUCUAGCUAUAAAUAGACACUUUGGGUCAUUUGUACGAUCAAGCAGAAAUCAAUAAAACAAUUAUCCCCCAAAACCCUAUUCUGAUCUCUCUCAACCUCGUCUGUCCUUCUUCCUCAAAGGCCUCGGCCGUUCUUCCCCAAAUCCCCAAUUCUUCUCCUAAUCCCUAAUUUCUCUUCUCAAAUCCCUAAAUCCCCAAUUCUGUUCUAUAAACCCUAAAUCCCCGAUCUCUAGAUCUGAUCUAGAAACCCGUUAGAAACUUUGUUUCUAACAAAAUUCAACGAGAAAUUGAGACAAUGUGGACCAAGUAUAUAAAUUGAAAAAAGAAAACCCCCAGCAGAGGCGUUUCUUGUGCACCAAGAUAACUUUUGCUGCACAUCGUGACUCAUGUGCACUGUUUCAACUCGGAUGGUGAUUCAGUGUGGGAGGGUGCAGGGGGAGCGCUGGUUGGUUACUGAUGUGAUUUGUUUGGUUCGGUUCUCUUUUUACCAUGGUUUGCCUUCCCGUUGAGUGUUCUUUCCGUGUCCGUCUCACGCGGUGAUCGCUCAGAAACAAUUUGCCCUUUCAGAAGAUGGAGAGGAAACCAACUUGCUUGCUUUAUCGAGUAGUGUGUCCGGUUAGAGCCUAGAGGGAGGUUGUGGUAGAUGUUCAGUGGUCUAGGUAGGACUUUCCAACAAGUGAGAGUUAGUUCACUUUCCUCAGUCUAUUCCUCUCUUCUCCCUUACUCGCUUCAGAUCUCUUGAUGCAAGCAAAGGAAUCAUUGGUGAAAGCAAGAUCAGUGGAGGAUCUCCAACAAGUGAGAGUUAGUCCACUAUCUCAUCAGCUGCUACUACCUUUCUAGACAUCGGAUAUAGGAUGGACUGUAUCAUCUUUGCCGACAGGAAGCUGUGGAGGAGCCGAGGAGAGCAGGUCUGCAGAUUUACAUGUUAGGUUGAGGUAAUUGUUCUGUCAGUUGAGUUUUUUGUCAUGUUCUUAUGGAGAUAUUUUCUCUUUUUUCAUUCUAAUAUUGGUUUUAUCACUUUUCGUGAGAGAUACUGGCCGCGAUUUUGCUGUAAAAGCCCGUGGGCUGAUGUGUAACCGGUAUACUAAGGACAAUGCACUUGCAUUUUGGUAUGGGACCAUCACAAAAAAUUAGAGGGACAAUGCACUUGCAUUUUGUAGCAACAAAUGAAUCUCUUCCGCCAACACCAACUCUAACCUGUAACUUGAAAUUUGAAUACCUAAAAAAGACCUAACGUUCUUGGACUCGGGAGUUGAGCAACUCUAUUAUUUUCUUGUCGUGUUCUUCAUUCAAGUGUUACAUAUAUAAAGAUUGACCACACAAAUGAAAAGCAAUGGAGGGUAAUAGUCUCAUUCAAUAUAUCGUCAAAAUGACCUGUAUGAGUUCACAAAUCCAUUUCACUUAUUCAUUAGUUCAAUACAUUUGACAAUCUCUAACCACAAAUCCUGACGCGGAGCGCGGGCAAUGAAGACUAGUUAUGAUGAAGAGUCGUAACUCGCAAGCUUAGGCAUGGGCACGGGAGGUUGGGCUGGGCUGGGCUGGGCAGGGUCCCUACUGCAAAUCUGGUCGUUAGCACGUAAUUAAAGAGCAGAAAAAUCCUUAGCACACACACUUGGCAAAAUCUGGUAGAUGGGAAGAAGAGUAAACCCAUUUGUGCUGUGCGCAACACGUGGUGACAGCGGGAUGAGCAUGAUGUGGACGGUGGGAUAUGUGGAAGCGGGUCGGUAGUCCCAUUGAAUAGAUAUCACUUUGUCCAUAUUGAUUUCAACCAAUUCCAAUCCUCUAAAUUAUACUAUUGAUUGAUGUUUUAGUCCUCAGAAGGAGGGAAUUGAUCCUUGUUUGUUUUUACCCAAAAAAUAAAGGAUAAUGUCUAUUUUUUAUCCAAACCUUUUUCAGAUUCUUUUAUAUUAUCCAAACCUAUUAAAAUUUUAUUAAUUAG